AUGUCCAACUGUGGAGCAUCGCCUACUCUUACUACAGACCAUACUACUGCAGGUUACAUACUGACAAGCGACGCCUUGCCACAGUUAUGGGACAUUCCAGAGCCUGAAGAAAUGAGCGUAAAGCACAAGACACAGCCAUAUGGUGGGUGGCUGAACCGGAGGAUACAGACAAGGUCUGCCGACUCCCAUUUAUGCAUGAAAAAGUGGGACGGAAAAAAAGAGGAAGAGGGACAGAGAGAGAAAGAGAAACACACACAGGAGACCAAAGGGAGACGAAAGCUGAAGGUGCCAAUAGAGUACGGUGUUCUCCGUAUGCAGGACAGUGGAACUACAGAAAAAUUCCUCUACAUUGGGUCACUGGGUUGGGAGGGCUAUACUAGAUUCAGGAGAGGCGGAUGGAAAAUGAGGCUGUGUGGCUAGGCUGAAACUUCAUUGUGGCUGGCAGUCCAGCUGCGGAGAAAGCUGGUGGCUCUGGGCGCCUGACCAGUUGGAACCCGUUUUCUAGAACCGAGUGGG